AAAAAAGUUUCCCCAACGCUCUUCAAAGCGGCUUGUGCGGGACGCUGAAGAACAUUGAUCAGGAUGAGUUCUGUUGGACAGAAAAUCAGAGUGGAUGAUCUCAUCCAAAAGUACCACACCAACUUGGAGAUCCAGCUUAAAAAGGGUGAUCGAAGUCUAGUAUGCAUAGAUGAGCAACUUUGCAAGGAAGUAGAGAUGCUUCUUACCAAAGACAAUGCCCAGAAGACAUUUAACAUAUGUGGGGUAGAUCCUUUGACAGUGAUGGAAAACUCACUCCGAGCAUUGCCUUUUAAAACUGGCCAUUUGGGGCUUGAGAAACUUUCCAAGGCCUUUGGAGUGUUGGAGCUUGCUGCGUUAAACCUCUACCUGUAUCCGUGGAGAAGGGAGUACCGAGUUGUGAAGAUGUUUUCAGGAAUGUUCACCCAUUCCAUCAAACCUGCCUUAACCCUACAGCAGGCUAAAGAGCUGUUUGGGUUGCUUGGAUAUCAGCCUUCAGGUCCUUCUGAAGAAGAAGAGCUUAUACUCCACUCCAAACUAGUUCCUGCUGAUUCCUUACUCAACCUGGCAUGUGGCUUCUUCACUGCUCGUAUGGAGUGCCAGCUACUACAUUCCACCUUGGGUGCUCUGGACAGAGGUGCAGAGUGGGUUCUUCAACUAAUCAAGGAGAGAAAGAGUGGCCACAACCUUCAGGUAGCAUUGGAAAACAUCAAAAGGAAGUUAGAGGCUUCCCAUUCUUCAGGUAUGAAUUUAGAUCUGGAUCUUUACACCGAUAAUGAUUUGGUGAGCAAUGUGCAGGCAGAUGCUCCUCAAAUGACACCCACUUCUUGUUUGCUAACUCACUCUUCGUAUAUGCAACCAAAGGAGACCCCCCUACUAAGCAACCCUCUAUACGGUGACUCGUUUCAGUCAGACAGUGUGAGUAAUGAAGAUGCUAGCCAAGGAAGAGCACUCUGUGUCUCAACGCUUCAGUACCAGAUCAACAACCCCACAAAUCAUGUCUCACCUCUGCAGAUUCCAGGACUACUGGAAAGCUCUGGUAAAGUUCAAAAUGAAGGUUAUACCCGGAGACAAGGCACAGAUGUUGGACCAGUGAUGUGCAGCUGUAUUACACCAUCUUGUUUGUUUAUAUAUCAGUGUGACCUGUGCAAAGAUAUUCACAGUUCACUUUGUGAACAUUAUAAUGAGUGCAAAAAGAAAGGGCAUACUUUAGCACUGUGUCAAGACAAAGUUGGACAACAACAGAAAAUGAAUAUGCAACAAGACCAGCAUAAACCAGGCAAAGAAAAAGAUUCUCUGAAAAAACAUUAUUGUAUGAGCAAUUCAUUGUCUGAGACCUUUUUGGUGUGCUACACCUGCCAGUUAAUCCACGACCAGAGCUGUACAAGAGUUAAAUCAUGCACAAUGCAAUCUCACAACAUGUUGCCCACAGGAAAAUUACAGCUUCCUCAAGGAGAAAGAGCCAAUGCUCCAAAGAGGCACGUGUGUCUAACUGCAGAUUCUCCAGUAUACGUAAUCUGCAACACCUGUAACGACUCCCAUGAUUGCAUAUGUGGACAUGUGAAAAAUUGCAUUAAACUCGACCAUGAUGUGCAGUACCUCCAAGAAUCGGGUGAUUCAGAAACACCCGAUAAGCCAAUCUCAUAUCACCAGUGCUACACUGCUAAUCAGCAUUGGCCUGAAAUUGUAUGCCUCUCUUGUAAUGUCUUUUGUUUCUCCGGCUGUCCUGAUGGAAGGCAGUGCUCUCAAAAACACAAAAUACGACAACUCAAAACUAAAUGCGUCAAUUGCUCAGAUUCUGAGCUCUUCAUCCUAUGCAGGUAUUGCUGUGAUGUGUAUUGCAAAAAGUGUUGGUUUAAAAGUCCCAUUUUGUGUAAAUGCGGAAUGUCUUUUAACUCCCCUGUUUAAUAACACCUGUACU